AUGAGUUUCGCUAAAUACAAAGAAUAUAUCGAGGAUGGGGACACUGUUAUUCUGUUUCUGGGUUUUGAUAACACUCUUAGCAUUCGUGUGAGUAAAGGAACUAUUUCGCAGACUCGGUACGGAGCCCUCAGACAUUCGGAAUUGAUCGGGCGUAAAUAUGGUUCACAAGUGCAUUGCCCGAAAGGUUGGCUAUACGUUCUUUACCCGACCCCAGAGCUCUGGACAUUAAAUGUUCCGCACAGAACACAGAUUCUUUAUUCCACAGACAUUAGUUUAGUUACUCUUCAAUUGGAUUUACGACCUGGUUCAGUUGUCUUAGAAGCAGGUACUGGAAGUGGAUCAUUGUCUCAUGCCUUUCUACGAACAAUUAUGCCAACAGGUCACUUGUACACAUUUGAAUUUCAUGAACAGAGAGCACAGAUUGCCCAAAAGGAAUUUGAACAACAUGGAUUAUCUGAAUGUGUGACAGCAGUGUGUCGAGAUGUCUCUAAAGAUGGCUUUGGUGUAGAUGAUGAAAUAGCAGAUGCUGUUUUUUUGGAUAUGCCCUGUCCUUGGUCAGCCAUUCCUUUUGCAAAGAAAGCCCUAAAAAAACAAGGUGGCCGAAUCUGUACGUUUUCUCCCUGUAUAGAGCAAGUUCAGAAAACACAUGAGGUCCUAAAAGAAAAUGGAUUUGAAGAUUGUUCCACUGUUGAGUGCCUGGUGAGAAAUUUUGAUAUACGAACAGUGAACAUUGCAGUUCCCUGCCUCGGAGAUGAAGACGUGGUGUCAGAGGAAAAUCCACAGGCAACAAGCCAAGACCAAGAUGCUCAUCCUAAUGAGGCUUCUGGAGAGCCGAUUGACAAAAAUGAACCAGAGACUAAGAAAACAGAAAUAAAAAAAGAAGAAAAUAGUGGUGCUUCUAAAUUUUUUAGUUAUAAUUUGGUGGGUCGUAAAACAGAAGAGAACUUUCAGUUUAAAUCAGGAAUCCCCCCAACUACAAUGCCAGGUCACACCGGCUAUUUAACAAUUGCUGCUUUAUAUCUUUAA